CGGCUGGGGACCGUCACCCUCCCCGGGCUGUGGGCGCUCUGGUGAGGAGCGAGGAACCGGGCUGGGUCCCUGGCUGCUGACAUCCUUUCCCUGUGCCCGCAGGUCCACGGCGAGCCCGCUGGCAGCUCGGGCUGGCGCCGGGGAGCCGGUGGCAGGUCCCCCCCAGCCCGCUGCGCGCCCACUCUCCAUGCGAGCCGCGGCCAAAUGGAUGCGAUCGCGAGCGGCGGCCUCAAGAGGAAGUUCGAGGACGCGGACGUGGGCUCCCCGGCCUCCAACUCGGACGAUGAAAUCUCCAACAGCGACAGCGCCGACAGCUGCGACAGCGUCAACCCCUCCAGCUCCACCGGCUUCAUACCCACCUCCAUCCUGAAGAGGCAGAAGCAGCUGCGCAGGAAGAAUGUGCGCUUCGACCAGGUGACCGUGUACUACUUCGCCCGGCGCCAGGGCUUCACCAGCGUGCCCAGCCAGGGCGGCAGCUCCCUGGGCAUGGCCCAGCGCCACAACUCGGUGCGCCGCUACACGCUGUGCGAGUUCGCGCAGGAGCAGGAGGUGAACCACCGGGAGAUCCUGCGGGAGCACCUCAAGGAGGAGAAGCUCCACGCCAAGAAAAUGAAGCUCACCAAGAACGGCACGGUGGAGUCCGAGGAGGCGGAGGGGCUGACGCUGGAGGACGUCUCGGACGACGACAUCGACGUGGAGAACGUGGAGGUGGACGACUACUUCUUCCUGCAGCCCCUGCCCACCAAGCGGCGCCGGGCGCUGCUCCGUGCCUCCGGCGUGCACCGCAUCGACGCCGAGGAGAAGCAGGAGCUGCGGGCCAUCCGCCUGUCGCGGGAGGAGUGUGGCUGCGACUGCCGCCUGUACUGCGACCCCGAGGCCUGCGCCUGCAGCCAGGCGGGCAUCAAAUGCCAGGUGGACCGCAUGUCCUUCCCCUGCGGCUGCUCGCGGGACGGCUGCGGGAACAUGGCCGGCCGCAUCGAAUUCAACCCCAUCCGGGUGCGGACUCACUACCUCCACACCAUCAUGAAGCUGGAGCUGGAGAACAAGCGCCAGGGAGCCCGGCCCGCCGAGGAGGAGGCGGCGGUGGCGGCGGCGCAGGGCUCCGGCAGCGCCUGGCCGGGGACGCAGCCGCCGGAGACUCAGGACUUCCAGGAGUUCAUGGCGGAGAACGAGACGGCCGUCAUGCACCUGCAGACAGCUGAGGAGCUGGAGAGGCUGAAGGCCGAGGAAGACUCGAGCAGCAGCUCUGGUGUGGAGAGCUUGGGCGUCUGCAUCCUGGAGGAGCCCCUGGCCGUGCCGGAGGGUUUGUGCCCCGGCCUCGCCGCCCCCAUCCUCAUCCAGGCCCAGCUGCCACCAGGUUCCUCUGUCCUCUGCUUUGCCGACGGCGCCGAGCAGGCGGCAGCGGCGGCGGCAGGCAACCAGCCCUACCUGAACGGUGGCCCGGUGGUCUACUACCAGGUGGAGCAGCGCUCCGUGCUGGGCACCAAGGGCGAGAGCGGCCCCGAGGAGCUGGAGGUGCCCCCGCCGUACCCGAGCGACAAGGACCUGAGCGUCAUCUCCGUCCCCGUGGCGUCGCUGGUGACUUGCGGUCGAGCCACCGCUGCUCCGAGCAAGGGAGAAGCGGCCAAAGCCCCGGCUCCGGAGGCUGCAGCCGCUGGCGAGGGCUGCGGUGCGGCGCCCGCCGCUCCCUUCUGCACAAACUCUCCGUCCCCUGAACCGGAGCAAGCCCCGGAGCGAGCGCGGGAGCUGCCCGCCGCCGAGGAGCGCGCGCUGGGAGCCGCCCUGCCCGUCUGAGCGGCGGCGGGCGCCCCUUCCUCUAUUUAUUGACGAUAUUUGACGGACCGGCA